AUGUGGAGGGAGGAGAUGUCUCUCUGUAGAAAUAGAAGGAAAGAUAACUGGGAUCUAUUAAGGAGUCUUGCUUCUAUUAAUGAUUCCCCCUGGAUUGUUAUGGGUGAUUUUAAUGAUAUUUUGAAUCAUAGAGAAAAGAGGGGUGGGGUAGCCCAACCAAAUUGGUUAGUUGAAGGCUUUAGAAGGGCUGUUUGGGACUCUGGGCUUGUGGACUUGGGCUUCCAAGGGUGUCCUUUUACAUGGGAAAGGGGAAGAGAGAGUGGGCUAUGGGUCCAAGAGAGAUUAAAUAGGAUGUUGGGUAAUGGUGAUUGGGUGGCUCGACAUAAAGAUGCAAGGGUAGUUCAUUUGGAUAGUGUUGUAUCUGAUCAUUUUCCUAUUAUCCUUCAUCUAUAUCGUGUUGAGGGUACUCGUUCUUCAAAACGCUUCCGUUUUGAGAACCUUUGGACGAACUAUGGUGAAAGUGAAGAGGUAGUUAGGGACAGCUGGAAUAAGGAGGUGGGUGUUUCAAUUCAGAGAAGAAUUAGUAAUACUAGUAAGUCCUUGUUGCAGUGGGGAAGGGAGAAAACAAAUGGCUGUGUAUAUAAUGGAAGGGCUUAG